AUGGGAAAUAAAGCUAAAUGCUUGAUACCAGCUGUUGGUCUAUGUUGGCACACUGUUGGUCACCUUGGAGAGUAUUACCAGGAAUGGGUUCACCAGCCUAUUGUUAGCAAGGAAGGUCCUCGAUUUUUUGAAAGUGAUUUUUGGGAGUUUUUGACCAAAACAGAAUGGUAUGUGAUUCCUCUUAUAUGGCUGCCAGUCGUAUGCUGGUGCAUCUCCAAGUCUGUUUGGAUGGGUCAUACACUCCCAGAGAUAGUUUUGAUGGUGGCCUUUGGUAUUUUUAUAUGGACGCUACUGGAAUACAGUUUGCACCGUUUCCUUUUUCACAUUCAAACCAAAAGCUAUUGGUUAGUCUUAGUGGGCAACACCAUACAUUAUCUUCUUCAUGGUUGCCAUCAUAAGCACCCAAUGGAUGGACUACGCCUUGUUUUUCCCCCUGCUGCAACGGCUGUUCUCUGUGUGCCAUUCUGGAACUUGGUGAGAGCCCUAUCUACUGCUUCUACUGCCCCAGCUUUGUUUGGAGGAGGCUUACUGGGCUAUGUGAUGUAUGAUGUCACCCAUUACUACCUGCACCAUGGACAGCCAACAAAGGAGGUGCCCAAAUAUCUCAAGAAAUAUCACUUAAAUCAUCAUUUCCGCAUCCAGAACAAAGGCUUUGGUAUCACUUCGACAUUGUGGGACAAGGUGUUUGGAACACUACCUCAAACAAAAGCAGCUGCGAAAAAGACAUGA